AUGGAGAUUGCGAUUCUCUCGGGUAUCGUCCAAGGUCUGGUGAGGUUUUUAACGACUCUCCUUUCGGAGGACUUUUUCAAGGGGCGGGGAAAUGAUGAGACCUUACCUGGGAGGCUGAAAUCCGCACUUUUGACAAUAAAUUCAGUGCUUACUGAUGCAGAAGAGAAGCAAAUGACGAUGGCGCCAGUCAAAUCUUGGGUCAAUCAGGUGAAAGAUGCCGUUUACGAGGCUGAGGAUGCUCUUGAUGACAUUACUACAGAAGCUUCACGUCGCAAAGAAACUAUCAAUUGGCUUUGGCUUGACAAUUUUCCCUCCCUUUCGAAGUCCAAACUUAAGAAGGUGACGGAGACGCUCGAGUCUCUAGACGUAAAAAGAGGUGGACUCAACUUGAAAGUGGACACAAGGAUGAAACACAUAGAAAGAAAGAGGACAACAUCUCAAAUAGGCAUACAAGAAGUGCGUGGCAGAGAAACAGAAAAGAAAGAUAUCAUGAGAUUCUUGAUGGCGGAUGUUGAAGACAAUAACAAGAUAUCCGUGGUAGCCAUUGUGGGCAUUGGAGGAGUUGGAAAAACCGCACUUGCACAACUCUUGUUCAACGAUGAGCGCUUUGACAAGUAUUUUCCAAAAGCCUGGAUUCACGUGUCAGAGAAGGUUGAUGUUUUAAGCAUUACCAAGACGGUUUACCAGUCGGUCACUCGAGGACCAUGUUCUUUUACUGACUUAAAUCAACUCCAGGAUGAGUUGAAAAAUAUAUUAGCAGGAAACAAAUUUCUACUCGUUCUUGAUGAUCUGUGGGCGUGGAGUGAAACUUUUGAGGACUGGAAUCUGCUAUGCAAACCAUUUGCAUCUGCUGCUAAGGAGAGCCACAUUAUUGUGACAACAAGAAGUCACCAUGUCGCCACAAACGUGCAUGCUAACUAUACACACACACUUCAGCCUCUAUCACUUGGAGACUGCUGGAGGCUGAUCGAGGAACUGCCACAAGGUGCUAAGAAGCAGGAUCUAAACCGAGAAUUCGGAAUCCUUGCAGAAAAGGUACUGCCCAAGUGCAAAGGUCUGCCUUUGGCUGCGGAAGCAUUUGGUCGUUUGUUAUGGUCUAAAAGAGAAGUUGGUUAUUGGAAUAGAAUCAUAACCAGCAAGAUUUGGACUGCUCCAACUGAUUCGACCAACAUACUCUCUGUUUUACGAGUCAGCUAUCAUUACCUUCCGCCUCACUUGAAACCAUGUUUUGCCUACUGCUCUAUAUUUCCAAAAGGUUAUGCCUUCGAUAAGAAAAGGGUAAUUCUUUUCUGGAUGGCAGAGGGACUCUUGCAGCAGGACGCAAGCACAGGUCUAAGGAUGGAAGAUAUUGGAGAUGAAUACUUUUCAGAACUAGUUUCAAUGUCGCUUUUCCAACGAGUCAGUAGAACAACAAAGUUCAUAAUGCAUGAUCUUAUCAACGAGUUGGCUCAAUUUGCAGCGGGGGAAUUCUGCUUCAAGUAUGAGAAUAAAGUUGAAGGAAUAACAGGGAAAACAAGACACUUAUCGUACUUACGGGACCAAUAUAGUGGUGAGGCUAAUAAGUUUGAGGAAGUGGGCAAUGCAAAGUUUUUGCGAACAUUUCUUCCUUUGAGCCUUGAAGAUCCUUCUCCAUCCUGCUCCUUAAAUAAAACGGUAAGCAACAAGUUACUUCCGAAGCUUACUUGCCUGCGUCUAUUGUCUUUGUCAAAUUAUUGCAUCAUGACGCUGCCCUCAGACAUUUUCAAGAGUAUGAGACAUGUCCGGUACUUAGACCUCUCUAAAACUAAUAUCAAGAGGCUUCCUACAUCUGUUCGUUAUCUGUAUAAUCUUCAGACUCUUCUACUAUCCCAUUGUCCCUAUCUGAUCCAACUGGAUAAAGCUAUCUGCAAUCUUAUCAGGCUGCAACAUCUAGGCCUGAUUGCAACGGGUCUGCAACAGAUGCCAAAAAACUUUGGUAGAUUGAAAAGGCUCCAAACUCUUACCACUUUCGUUGUUGGUGCUGGUAAAGGGGUAACGAUUUCUGAACUCAAAGAUCUCACAGAGCUUCGAGGCAAACUUACAAUUCUUGAGCUGCAUAGAGUUGGGGAUAUCAGGGAUGCAGAACAAGCAAAUUUGGAGAGCAAGACCAAUCUGAAAGAGAUAGAUUUUACUUGGAGAGCAGAGCAUAUUAUCACAGACGAUGUCUCAGCGACGCCUAAUGAAGUGGAGAUCUUUGAGAAGUUACGUCCACCUAGUCAGAUAGAGGAACUCGUCAUCAGAAGAUACUAUGGAAAUAGUUUCCCGGCAUGGAUGAGUGACCCUUCAUUCUCUAGCGUUGUACACUUACGUCUCACAGAAUGUACAAAAUGUACGUCUUUGCCAUUUCUUGGGCGAUUAUCAGGUCUUAAGGACCUCCACCUUUCAAAACUGACGUCUGUGACAAGCAUAGGUUCAGAAUUUUACACCAGCCAUCCUGAAUCACGUGAUCAAGAUCAGCAGCCGUUUAGGUCACUUGAGAUGUUGACAUUUGGAGACAUGCCAAAUUGGAAAGAGUGGGUAGAUGUAAAGGUCUAUGGAGGAACGUUGUUCCCUAAGCUCCAAGAACUUUUCAUAGUAAGAUGCCCACAAUUGGCCAGUGAACUACCAGGCUGUUUCCCAUAUCUGGUUUCUCUUAAAAUUUAUCUUAGUGAAAGCUUAGUUUUCAACCAGGAUUCGGAAAAGUUCCCAAAGCUUGAACCACUUAACUAA